UCACAGAUUUCCUUCUUCUGCUUUGUGGCGUGUGCCGCAGCAGUUUCAGUCUAUGAACCUGCAGCUCAAUCUUACUCCACUCAAACUAAACACACUACAGUUCACACCGGAGCUGCUCUAGUCAGUCAUGUAGCUCCAGUUGCUGCUGUUCAUGUUCCAGCUAGUUCCUACUCAACUGUUAACUUCGCACAUGCUGCUCCUGCUGUUGCCUACUCUGCACCAGUAUACCAUGCUCCUGUCUAUCAUGUUGCUCCUGUAGUACACUCUGCACCAAUUGUUCAUGCUAUUCCUGCUGUGAAACAAUCAUACGAAGAGGAUUACGCACCAGCUCAUUACCAAUACAAAUAUGGAGUUGAAGACCACCACACCGGUGACAUCAAAUCCCAAGAAGAAUCUCGUGAUGGUGAUGUAGUCAAGGGUUCCUACUCCCUCCAUGAAGCUGAUGGUACCAUCAGAACUGUCAAAUACACUGCUGACAAAAACGGAUUCAAUGCUGAUGUACAGAAAUCUGGACAUGCUGUUGUGAGCCAUGUAGCACCAAGCCAUGCUAUUCUUACACCUGUAUACCACCAUUAGGAUUGUUCAUUUUGAAUUUGUUAUUUAUUGUUUAGUUCUUGUUUUCAUUCAAUAAAAUUUGUGAU